AUGGAUUUAGUUAACCACCUCCCGGACCGUCUAUUGUUUGCCGUUCCCAAGAAGGGUCGGUUGUAUGAAAAAUGCACCCGUUUGCUUGCUGGGGCAGACAUCCAGUUCGGACGUUCUAGCCGAUUGGAUAUUGCCCUCUCCACAAACAUGAGUGUUGCUCUUAUCUUCUUACCUGCUUCAGACAUUCCUACUUUCGUCGGUGAAGGUAAGUGUGACUUGGGUAUCACUGGUUUGGACCAGGUGAAAGAGGCCGACAUGUUCGAAUACGUUGAAGAUUUGUUGGACUUGCAAUUUGGCAAGUGCAAGUUGCAAGUUCAGGUACCAGCCAACGGUGACAUUGAGAAGCCCGAGCAGUUGAUCGGAAAGAAAAUUGUUUCAUCCUUCACCAAAUUGACCUCGGACUAUUUCAGAUCGUUGGAAGUUGCCGAGGCCAAGACUGAAGGCAGCACUAAGAUCAAGUACGUGGGAGGUUCUGUGGAGGCAUCGUGUGCCUUGGGUGUCGGAGAUGCUAUUGUUGACUUGGUGGAGAGUGGUGAGACCAUGAAGGCUGCUGGAUUGAAGGCCAUUUCCACCGUUUUGACCACUUCCGCUCACUUGAUUUCGUCCAAGAACCCACGUUUCCCUGAGUUGGUCAAGACCAUCCACCAGAGAUUCGAAGGUAUCAUGGCUGCACAGAAAUACGUUUUGUGUAACUACAACGCACCACGCAGAAUUGUCAGCGAAGUGUUGAAGAUAACUCCAGGCAGAAGAGCUGCCACCGUUUCUGCAUUGGAGCAGGCUGAGGAGGACUCUGAGCCCUGGGUGGCUAUUUCAUCCAUGGUUGAGAAAGCAAAGAUCAGUAAUGCUAUGGACGAUUUGAAGAGGGCUGGAGCUUCUGACAUUUUGGUGUUUGAGAUCAACAACUGUAGAGUUUAG